AUAUUUAUCAACUGGUCUUUCUUUUCGGAACCUUGCUUUUUCAAUGCGAAUGGGUGCAUGCACUGUUGCUAAAAUUGUUCACGAGACUUGUCUAGUUAUUUGGGAAGAACUCGUAAAUGAAUUUAUGCCAGUUCCUACAAAAGAACAUUGGGAAAAAGUUAGUUUAGAUUACAAUGACAAAUGGGGCUUUCCAAAUUGCAUUGGCUCUAUAGAUGGMAAACAUUGUCAGAUUAAAUGUCCCAAAAAUKCAGGUUCAAGUCACUUCAACUACUUAAAAUAUUUUUCACUAGUUUUACAAGGAGUUGCUGAUGCGGAUAAAAAAUUUAUAAUAAUUGAUGUUGGUGCCAGAGGUAAACAAAGUGAUGGUGGAACUUUUGCAUCUUCUAAAYUUUGUAAUUUAAUAAGCAAUAAUAAUUUGAAUGUAUCACCAGAAAAACAUUUACCUGGUACAAAUAUUAAAGUACCCUAUGUUUUGAUCGGAGACGAAGCUUAUCCAUUAAAGCAGUACUUAAUGCGCCCAUUUCCAUCUCGAGUACUAAAUCCAGCACGGGAAUAUUUCAAUGAAAGAUUAUCAAGAGCACGCAAGUGCAUUGAAUGUACUUUUGGAAUUCUGCGCGCAAAAUGGAGAUUACUAGGGAAGGACAUAGAA